GCGUGCUGUCAGGUGCGGAGAGAAGCCACUCGCCAAGCGUCUCCAACAACCCCCUUCAUCACCAGACAGUUUUGUUGUAGACACUUUUUCGAUCAUUUCCGGAUAAUGUUCUAGGAUUAACUACAUUUUAUCCCGUCCAAACACUGCUGUCAGCGAUAAACUGAAGUGAACUGUGUUCGUGUGGAGGCUGAUACAGUGGGAUUUCAAUGCACCAGUCCAGACCUAUUUAAAAUGUCCCUUUAAACAGGUAGCAGCUGCCUGAUCUCCCCGUUUGGACGUUCCCGAUCGAUGCCCUUGGCCCGCCCUCUCCCUCCGCCCUCGCCGCCAUCAUGAAAGGGCUGUCCAGCAGCCGCAGCCACCACCACGUGAUGGCCUGCGAGCCCUCGUACAACGACGUCAUGGGCUACCACGCCGAGCGCAGCAAGCCGUACCUCAUCAGCCAGGUGGAUGCGCCCCACCCGGCCGACCACCCCUACUACGCCCAGCGCAGCAUCACCUCCUCCCCUUACCAGCCCGACUGCGUGGUGCCUUACGGGACCUUCCCCCGCCGCCACUACAGCUCCCACCACGAGCUGAAGGACGAGUGCGCGGCGAUGGUCCCUUACACCGGGGGCGGCGGCGGCACGGCAGGGGGGUCGGUCAAGGGCAACCGGAUGCCCGUCAACCUGCUGGACCAGUUUGAGCGGCAGAUCCCGGUGGUGGCGUCGCGGGACGGCUACCACACGCUGCAGUACAAGCGCACGGCGGCGCUGGAGCAGCGCAGCGACAGCCCCGGCCGCAUCCGCCACCUGGUGCACUCGGUGCAGAAGCUCUUCACCAAGUCGCACUCGCUGGAGGGACCCCACCAGGUGCUGCACCACCACUCCAAGGGCAGUGUGAACGGAGGAGGCGGCGGCGGAGGAGGAGGAGGAGGAGGAGGAGGAGGAGGAGGAGGAGGAGGGAGCUGCAAGGUCAGCCCCGACAGCGAGACGCCCACGCUGCGCCAGCGCAAGCGCAGCAAGAGCCGGGAGCGCUGCAAGUCGGCCGAGCCCAAGAACCGCUCGCACGUCCCGGCCUCGGGCUACUGGAGCUCGGACGACAACCUGGAGCGGGACGUGUGCCUCUACCGCAGCCCCACGAUGCCCUCGACCGGCGUCAUGACCAUGGGCCGGCACCCGGACAAGUCGCAGUCGCAGUACUUCAUGGAGGCCUACAACACCAUCAGCGAGCACACGCUGAAGACGUCGCGCAGCAACAACGACGUGGGCAAGUGCUCGACGUGCGCCGGCAGCGGGCCGCUGGCCGUGGAGGCGGCCCAGCAGCUAUUGAAGAAGAGCUCGUGGUCGUCCUCUCUCACGGUGAGCAGAGCCCGCGAAGUCUACCAGAAGGCCUCGGUGGUAAAUGUAGAUAAGGCGCUAGUGAAAGCCGAGGCUUGUCAGCAGGAGCGCUCUUGCCAAUACCUGCAGGUGCCGCAGGAUGACUGGGGCGGGGGCCUCAUGCCGCUGGGCAAAGAGGACGACAUCCCGUGCCGACGCAUGCGCAGCGGCAGCUACGUCAAGGCCAUGGCGGAGGAGGACAGCGGCGACUCGGACGGCAGCCCCAAGCCCUCGCCCAAGAUGCAGGCGCGGAGGGCCAGCUACCUCAAAGCCACGCAGCCCUCACUGACCGAGAUGACCACUCUAAAGAUCUCCACCGAGCACUCGCCGAAGCUGCAGAUCCGAAGCCAUAGCUACCUGCGGGCGGUGAGUGAAGUUUCCAUCAAUAGGAGCCUGGACAGCCUGGAUCCCAAAGCCCUGCUCGCCUCACCCCAAUACCGCUCGCGAAACGAGAGCUACAUGAGGGCAAUGAGCACCAUCAGCCAGGUGAGCGAGGUGGAGGUGAACGGCCAGAUUGAGGCCGUGUGCGAGUCGGUGUUCAGCGAGAUGGAGUCGCAGGCGGUGAACGCGCUGGACCUGCCGGUGCCGGGCUGCUUCCGCAUGCGAAGCCACAGUUACGUGCGCGCCAUCGACCAGGGCUGCUCGCAGGACGACGAGGUGGGACCGCUGACCGCCUCGCCGCCGCGGACCACCACCACCGUCAGGACCAUCCAGAGUAGCACAGUGUCGUCCUGCAUCACCACCUACAAGAAGACGCCUCCGCCGGUGCCGCCGCGCACCACCACCACCACCACCACCUCCACCAAGCCGUUCAUCUCCAUCACGGCGCAGAGCAGCACCGAGUCGGCGCAGGACGCCUACAUGGAGGGCAGCGUGGGGCCGCGGGGCGGGGCGGGUGGCGGCGGCGGCGGCAGCGGCGACGGCCGGGUGCUGCACUCGGGCCUCAGCAACUCCACGGAGAGCAUCGACAGCAUGAAGGCGCUGACCGCCGCCAUCGAGGCCGCCAACGCCCAGAUCCACGGGCCGGCCAGCCAGCACGUCAGCAGCAGCGCCGUGGCCUUCACCCUGGCCGUCUCCAGCGCCUGCACCUCCGCCACCUCGUCCCACGCCGCCAUACCCGCCCUCACCAUCGGGACCGACGCCGGGCCCGCCAUCACGCUGGCCUCGCUGCCCCAGCUGCUGCCCACCGCGGAGGAGACGCGCCGCGAGGCCCUGCGCAGGAGCCGCUGCCUUUCUAUCGGCAUCCAGGUGGAUGGACCAGAGGACACUCUAGACUCAGAGGACCCGUCUAAAUUCCAGUCAGUGGGAAUUCAAGUGGAGGAGGAAAGAGGCUACCGACGUUUCAAGCGCUCCAACAGCGUGACGACGGCUGUGCAGGCAGACCUGGACACACAGGAGUACUCGGAGAGCCCCGGCGAUUCGCCCGAGACCGACCUGCCGUCGUCCUCGUCGGGCUGCAUGUCGCGGCAGUACUCGCGCGACGCCGCCACCUCCACCGUCAGCGUCCAGGGCUCGGGCAACCGCUACCACGCCUGCACCUCCGACGACUACGAGGACGUGGUGGGCUUCGACCCGUCCAUCCUGCCGCCGCCCGACCCGUGGAUCGACAGCGUGACGGACGACCCGCUGGAGGUGGUGGGCCGCUCGGUGUGCCAGCGCGACGGCCACUGGUUCCUCAAGCUGCUGCAGGCCGAGACGGAGCGCAUGGAGGGCUGGUGCCACCAGAUGGAGCAGGACGAGCGGGACAACGACCUGCCCGACGACAUCCUAGGGAAGAUCCGCAGUGCUGUGGGCAGUGCUCAGCUCCUCAUGUCUCAGAAAUUCCAGCAGUUCAGAGAGCUCUGUGAAGAGAACCUGAACCCCAACGCACAUCCCAGACCGGUGUCCCAGGACCUGGCUGGGUUCUGGGACAUGCUCCAGCUGUCGAUCGAGAACAUCAGCCUCAAGUUUGACGAGCUCCACCAGCUCAAAGCCAACAACUGGAGACCCCUGGACCCCCCUGAGCGCAAGGAGCGUAAGCUGCCUCCCCCAGUGCCAAAGAAACCCCCGAAAGGCCACCCGCCGCUGGCCAGAGACCGCUCUCUAGAGAGCACCGAGAAGCAGCGGCAGGAGGCGCGCAAGCGGCUGAUGGCGGCCAAGCGGGCCGCGUCUGUGCGGCAAAACUCGGCAACGGAGAGCGCAGACAGCAUUGAGAUCUAUAUCCCAGAGGCCCAAACCAGAUUAUAAACCUCUGUGACACACACAGACACACACACACACACACACACACACACACACACACACACACACACACUUGCUCUUUCACGUACUCACCACUUGCACAGAGGCCAACCACACUGGAGCCUAGGCCAGAUGAAAGAUUAGUUCCUCAGGCGUAGAGUGGACUGUAAGCCACAUGCACACACACACAAACUCCACUCAUCAAAGACUCUCUUACAUCAAACUUAUAUAAACGUGUAAUUUACAAAUACACUUCUCCGGCCGCCCAUAUCAUAUAGAUUUGUAUUCACACUGCCAAUGCCAGGCUGGGGAACUAGUUACAGCUCACACACACACACACACACACAGAGAGAGAUGCACACAAACAUGAAGACAUAUCCAAACACUUGAACUGACGGUCAUGGACACAUUUGUACCUUUUUUCUCUUGCUCAGACAUCCAUCUCAAACACACUGACGUAGAGACGUGUGCCUAGCACAAACACAUUCAGUGGGUAAGCAUAGGCACUGACACAACCCCCAGGCACAAACACUGACACACUUAACACUGAAGUGAAAGGGCAGGGUGCUUGUAAAAUAAUCUCUCUUAUAUGUUUCUUUUUUUUCUGUAGGGGUUGAGAGGAAUGCCACACAUUUAGUUCUUUGUCUCUUUCCUCCACUCCCCCAAACCUCUCUAUCUAUCUAUCUAUCUAUCUAUCUAUCUCUCUUUCUCUCCUAGCCACCAGAUUAUAUCCCGCUACCAAACUGUGUGAUGUAGGUUCUGUCCACUUUUUUUAAAAAAGAGACAAAAAAAAUACCUGACCCCUUCUCCUCAAAGGUUCUGCCAGUGCCACUGUCCUAUCUCAUUAGCUACAUCAGCAGUCUACCAUAGCCACCAUGCAGCAUUCAAACCCCUCCGCCUGGUCUUUGGCCUUCCUGUGGAACUCCUGAGCUGGUUGCACCCAUGAUUUUAUUCCCUCCAAAAAAACAAGGCCAAGGCGUCCCCAGAGGAACUGCUGAAAUGGAAUGUCAACACAAGACAAAAAAUGAGAAUGAACAUCAGACCACAUCUACUACUAAAGACACUAUAACAGCCUUUCCCUUCCGGUCGUGCUGGGCUGGGACUCAUCUGUGCAGUCGAGGCCAUGUUGUUGUUGUAUGGUGUGGAAUGGUGUAGUUGCCCCGAUUUAAGAUGGCUGCCUUUCGCACAAUGUUGGAUCCAUUUCAGAAACAUUUCACAGACUGAUUCACCAAAUGCCACUACUGCCCAUCUAAACCAAUUUGUCCUCCCUUCCUUUUUUUUUUUAUGUUGAAUUGUACCGUAAUUGGCAACAAAAAUGGUGAACACAGAACAGGGUAUAAAAUGCUUAAGCAAUAUUUGUUUGAAGUGCAAACUGACAAGCAACCAUGGUCCUGUGUGCACUGUAACAUUGUGGUUACGGAGAUCCUUUUGGCUGAGGUUUGGCUCCCAGAUGAUGAUAAGGAUGCCUUCACUAUUCUGUAGCUAACUCUGUUUCUAAAUAAUGCUGAUGCUUGCUAUAGUGAACGCGUGUCAAUGCUCUUACACUAGAGUCAAAAUGGAGCUUCUCUGUCCCAGAACCUCUCAUGUCAUUGGUGGGAUUACCCAGAAACACACAGUAUUCUUUCAUGUAUAUUUCAAUAAGCGACUUCCUGAUCUUUUUUUAGAGUGGGGGAUCUUAUGUGAAUUUGUAUGUGGACUCUCGGAGAGGCUCUUGCGAAACAAAACAAAACGAUACAUGACACUGGAGUAAGCAACAGGACUUCUAAAUGCAAGCUUUGCUUGAGUUUUUUCUUUUCUUUUCUACAUGAUCUAUUUCCAGUAGCAAGUUCAGUGGCUUACUGACAAUUCUCUCAAACUUUCUCUUGAACUCGGUUUGUCUUUCUGUCUUUAGUCGGGAAAGGCGUCUUGUUUGCAGGCAUUGUAAGCCCCCCCAGGUGUGGGCGUGUGUCUGAGAGGACCAUGUGACUCGCCCUGUCUAACCCUGUGGCCUGGUGGGCACAGAUCAGUUAAACUCUCAGGAAGAUGUGGGGAUAUGGUUGGUCCAGCAAAAUCAGGGUCUCCCUGUGGUGGUGUUCUCCCUCUUUGUGUGCGUGUGUGUGUGUGUGUGUGUGUGUG